AUUUUUUUCUACUUUUCUCAAAUAAUGAAGACAUAUGGUUUUUGACAGUGACAAUGACAGCAUUAAGAAAUCAAAUCAGUUGAAAAAAUAUCAGUGCAUGGUUUUGCUGUUUUUCUUUUGUAUUUAGAAGUUAAAAGGGAAAUACUUUUCCAUAACACCGUACAACGUUUAUAAUCAAGCUGCCAUGUGAUAUGGCUUGCACAAAGGAGGAAAUAGAAAGGAAGCGCCUCGCUGCGUUACAAAAGCGUCAGAACAAGGCACAGGAUCAAAACAAAUCUUUCGUGUCUUCCCCAUCUCCAAUCAGCACACCGUCCCCUCGGACCCCUUUAAGGCAACCUUGGGCUGGUCCCGUACGAAAUUCUGGUAACUUUGCUAAUGGCAAUAGAAGUUUCCAUCCUUACGCAAAGCCUGAAAGCAGCGGGUCGGAAACCAGUGUGCCGGUGACUAAAGUUGUGAGUGGUACUGUGUACCUCAUUUCGGAAGACAGGUUCGAGGUUAAUCCGUCGGAAUUCUGCCCUCCUCUCAUUAAUGUCUUUAAAACUAUACCUUCUAAAAGCUAUGAUCCCUCAUCCAAACUAUGGAACUUCUCCAUAAAUGACUACCAAGAGUUGAUGUCUAAAGUGGCUCCUCUAGCCCCUCACAUAGUGCUUGGAGCCCUGCCGCAGUUUGUGCUGAAGAUCCUACAGACUCAGAUCACAGACCCUAGGACUCUGGACUUAUCGCCCAUUGAGUCGACACUUAGGAAUAAGCUGAUGCCAUUUCAAGAAGAUGGAGUUAGAUUUGGCAUAGCGCACCGCGGCCGCUGCAUGAUAGCCGACGAUAUGGGCCUCGGGAAGACUUUCCAAGCUUUAGCUAUUGCCAGCUAUUAUAAGCAUAAUUUCCCUUUGCUCAUCGUUACUACUUCUUCUAUGAGAGAAACUUGGCAGAGCAAGAUCCACGAGCUCCUGCCCACUAUUCCAAUGAUGAAUAUCGUCACACUGAGCAGCAAUAAGGAUGCUCAACUCGUGGCUGAUAGACAGACUCAAGUAGUGAUAGUAAGCUACAAGAUGGUGACAAUACACAAGGAUUUGCUCAGAGACAAGAAGUUCGGCAUCGUUAUUAUAGACGAAUCUCAUCAAGUGAAGACCCCAAAUGCAAAAUGCACGCUAGCGCUCAAGAGUAUCUCAAAAUUGAGUGCUAGAAUGAUAUUGUUGAGUGGCACUCCGGCUCUGAGUCGACCCAUUGAGCUCUACACUCAGCUUGAGCUUAUUGAGCCUAAGCUCUUCAACUCUUAUAAUGAAUACGGUAAAAGAUACUGCGCAGCCAAACAAACCAACUUCGGCUGGGACAUGACCGGGCAAUCAAACUUAGCUGAACUGCAAGUUAUACUUCAGAAGCGGUUCCUCAUCAGGCGCACCAAGGAGGAGGUCCUCACAGAGCUGGAGCAAAAGACCAGAGAAUCAGUGAUCCUAGACGAGACGCUUUUGGAAUUCAGUAAAGAAGACAAGACGGGUCUCUCCCAGAUGGCGGAAUCCUACCGCUCCUGCAGAGCUUCGGAACGCCAUACUGCGUUAUUGAAUUUUUUCAGCGAGUCGUCCCGUGUCAAGAUACCCGCUAUAUGUAAAUACAUUCGUCAACUGCUCGUGUCCACUAAAGACAAGUUCCUGGUGUUCGCUCACCACCGUGCCGUGGUAGACGCGAUAUGCUCCACGCUGGACGAAGAGGAGGUUCAUUACAUCUGCAUCACCGGCUCCACUCCGACUAACGCCCGGGCGGAUUUAGUGGACAAAUUCCAGUACGUGGAGUCCUGCCGGUGCGGGGUGCUGUCAAUUACUGCUGCCAAUAGCGGUCUUACUCUCACGGCUGCCAAGUUGGUGCUGUUCGCUGAGCUGCACUGGAACCCUGGGAUCCUGACGCAGGCGGAGUCGCGCGCGCACCGCAUCGGGCAGCGCGGCGGCGUGUGCGCGCGGUACCUGUUGGCGCGGGGCACGUGCGACGACCACAUGUGGCCCAUGCUCCAGGGGAAACUCAAUGUACUGAACAACGUUGGCCUCAGCGGGGACUCGUUUGAAGGCACCACAACCAAACACCAAUGUUCUCGCUUCUCACGGUGUUGGUAUCAGCAUACGAAGACUUCCCUCCCCCUUCAACUCCCUCCUGCCCCUGCAGCAGGAUCUACAUGCCCCUCUGCGCCUCCAACGGGGUGACGUACAACAAUAUUUGCGAGUUUGAGUGCGCGCAGCGGAUUUUGGCAAAUACUGGGGUCCAUAUUAGGGUGAUAAGGCAUGGACGGUGCGAAGAGUCGAGUGGUUAUUAUGAUUAGACCCUGUUAUAUAUAGGUAGGUGACAUCUUUUAGUAAAUAUUAAUGCACCAGCUAAAAUGUUGGUUUGAGUAGGAUCGGACGAUUUGAAAUUAUUGUGAAGGUUUUCACAUGAAACAUGUCAUGGAAGGCUAGAAAUACAAUUAACUGGCCCGCAUAUAAUAAUAUAUACCUACGCUUGAAAAUUAACCCCGACGUUUCGAAGACGUCCUCUUCAUGGUCCCAAGAAAAA